AUGGGACCAUUCCAGACUUCCAAGACAGCUAGGAAGCACCGGUACCGGUACCACUCUGUCCCUAUCCAAUUCCUAAUUGGCGGGCUUCAGUAUAUCAUAGGCCAGUCCGAUGGGAAAUACACCUGCCCGCUCCCAGAGUGUAAAACAAUGUUCAAAAAACGUGAAGAUAUGCAAUCACAUAUCACUACCGACCAUAAUGAGGAUGAGAAGGUCAAGGUUUUUGAUACUCCAGAUUAUAGACUGACUUUCAUAGUGGUGGCCCCGUACCAUGUUAUCGUCCAUCAAAACGCCAUUCCGGAUGACAUUUCUACCGUUUGUUCUGGGGCGGUACUGCCUGAUAUUGUAGUCCACAAGGCCUCUUCCGCUCAGGAUAUUGGCGUCAGAGGAUCUUCAAUCAAUGUGGAAUCUAGGACCGUAUCGUUGUUGCCUUCGGUUGACUACUUGAUGUCAAAUGAGGUUCUGGAUUCACUUGGGAUACCUUCAGCCACAUUGCAGUCCUUCUUGGACUUUUGCUCGGAGUCACACAUCUACGACAAACCAGAGCAUGUAAAGCUACCCACUCCAGGGGGACCACCUGUCCAGCUCAUUGCAGGCCCAAGUGACGGAUUUGCAUGCACAGCAUCUGCUGAUUGCGCGUAUGUGGUCAAGGAUAUUAGCACCAUGCAGCGACACAGUAGGGAAGCGCACCGCAACAUUGGCCUGAUAGAGAUAAAAUAUCGAUCUUGCCAGGUACAACGUAUCUUCACCGGUGUACGCAACUCAUAUUUUGAGGUCUCCCACAAUGUGGCGGCUGGAACCAGACCUGACGUCAAGGCCAUCCUUCAGGCCACGUUCCUACCAGCAAUUGACGUUGCAUUAGUCGUUCCAGCUGAUACAGAGAGGGAAAGGACACCCCUGACGCGUUUUAUGGGUUGGGAUAAAUUCAAGGUAGACCUACGAAUGAAUCCCGCGCAGAGACGAGCAGCGGACGAAAUUAAGAGCAAACAUACUGACGAUGAACACGAUGGUAUCCUAGUGGAUCUUGCUUCUACUGUGCGAGAACACAUGGCGAAGGCAUCCACCAUCUUGGAUGGUCACCCUCACAGGUUGAGCUUGUCUAAGCUGCUGUUGUACGGUGACGCAAUCCCACGGGACAAUGUCCUGCGUGACGAGGACGCAUCCCCACGUACCAGGAUGAUCGUCUACCACAAUCUUGCGUGGUCCCUAGUGGAUGCAGAUCCCGAUUUGUGCGUGGUAGAUCGAUGGGCAAACCCAAUCAAGCGAGCAAUUUGGCUUAGGGCAUUGCGUCCGGACGGAAACUUCUGUGAAGCGUCCACACUCACACCCGACCUAGCAAAGCUGAAAUACUUUUGCAACAUCACAUCUCUCCUCGAAGCGCUGAUGGACAAAGAAGAAGAUACAGAUUCCGUCCAUUUCGACGACCACGAUCGCGUCAUUCGUGUUCACCAGCGGGUUCUACGUCUCGGGCGUGCCACCACGUUCAACAUAGUGUAUGAGAUGCAACAGUAUGCGUCGUCUGUGUCGUUCAAUCAAACCAAAGAGCCGAACGUUUAUGUCGAUCCCGACGUGAAAUCCAUCACGAUAGGCACGGAAACCAUGUUUAUGGACAAACUCAGAGAUGGGAUCCAGAGGCUCUUGCAGGACCUAAAGUUCCGAUAUUUGGAGCUGACGCACGACGUUGUCAUGCUGAAAGUGGUCCCAGAGCAGGUCAAAGACGAUCUAACCAACUCCACCCGCGGCUAUUCGCUGUUGUCAGAGGAACCUUUCUACAGGAAGCGCCACGACUUGCUAUUCCACUUGGUGGAUGAAUAUGAUCUUGCAAUUGUCGACAACGCUGGACGACUCGCAUGGAACAUCCCUGCAAUAAAGGACCUCCUCAGACGCUCGCUUCGUGUCUGGGAGCCUCUGUACCAUUUGAUGUAUAUCACGACUCACAUAUCUUGUCGGGGGACUCAGUUCAUAGACCACAAAGUCAGCAAUGCGGACAGGCAUCGCAACCUUUUUAUGCAGGGCAACGAGAUGUUCCUCCUGACCGGGUACAGCAAAAAGACUGGUAUCACAGAUCGUGACUCGUGCACUCCAGGGUUCGUGCCCAAGGACAUUGCAUUCUGGGUCCUAGAAAUGCUCGCAGGUGGUUUACGGACGGCCGAAGCCAUACUGGCUGGUGUUGCGUAUGGGACCCAGUCGGAACAUAUCUAUAGGACGUACCUGUGCGUCGGUGAUGGAGAGAGGAUUAGUCCGACCGUUUUUUCCGCAAGACUACAUCACUGGAACCAUGAUUACUUCGACUGCCGAUGGGGAGUGAGAGAUUUCCGUCAAUGCGCAAUCACGAUUGGUCGUGAAUUCAUCACCCCUGACGACUCGUAUGACCAAGCAGACAACAUUCUCGCUGAAUCUGCCGAUCACUCCACUGGAGUGGACCUUAGUUACUACGCCGUCGUUCAAGGAGCAGUUCCUCGACUGUCCAACAAUAGUAUGUGCAGGCAUAGAUGGAUGGGAGAUCAGUGGCAUAGCAUCCUUGGACUUGGUCCCUUACCACCUCCGGAGCCAAUCAGAAUCAGUCGAAAGAACAUCGCUAAUGGUACCAGUCUUCAAUCUAUGUUGGACAUGGUACGGAAAACCACGAAAGAAACCCUUACAUCAUUUCUGGACGCCCACGCAUCAAAGAUACUCCAGCACACUGUCUGCAGCACCUCAGCACAACACUCAAAAGAUGCCACAGCCAAUGUAACUAUGCGAGAAAUAUCAUCACCGCUACCAAGCACCUGGAAGGAUAGGUCCUUAAGGUUGAGCGGACAUUUGGAUGACUUGUUUUACGACGAGAGCGAAGUUAUUCAUCCAGAUCUACCACUGUCAUCAGGGACCAGUGGGUACAAUGAGAAUUCCAGCAUGAAUCAUUCUGUUGCUGUGUCACCCACCGCAAGUGGUUAUAUUCAAUGCGGAAAUAUGUUAUCAGACUCUCCACUUCCAUCGUCAUCAAUCACAAGCAUCUCACGUACCGAAUACAUCGAGGGGUCGGUAACAUCAUCUGGCAUCGUUCCAACCAGCGAUAAGGGCGAAUUGACUCCUAUCUAUGAUCGGAAGGGUAAGGGUAGGGCGUAUGAACCCGGAACACAGGUGGCGCUCAAAGACAUUCCUGGAAGUAGCCCCGUCUUUGAUGAUGCUAUGUCCUCAACCAUAUCUCCUGUCGCGAACGUGAAGCGCAAACGUGGCACCUAUAAGGCAAGGGAAGUUCGACCCACAGAUGUAGGAAUUUCUUCUACAGAAAGACACACGUCUCAUUUUCUCCAACAGCACCAGUCCAUCCCAGAUAUGUCCAGUGAAACUCCUCUCCCAUCAAAUGUAUACCGGACUCAGAAGCAUGCAAUACAGCAAAAACGGCCGAUAGAAGAUCAGGAGGAACAUUCCAGGCGUCCAAAACGUAUUCGCAGGUUGUCGAUGGAGGAGAUCAUCAUCUCCAGCGAUCAAGAUAUUUCGAGUGUAGAGGAAAUUCCAUCGAAACGUCGGCAUGGACAGCGACCCGCGAUGCGAAAGACUCCUGUGGAGGUUGUCACCAUCUCUAGCAGUGAUAGCGACUCAAGUCCAGAUGAGAACAUUCCCAUAAAAC